UUCCCCAUAAUUGUUCGAGAAUAGCUGGACUGGAAUAUAUAUUGAGUAGACAGACUAAUUUGAAAUCCAAAAUGAGUUUUAGAACAAGCACAAAUGUUGCCUACAAAUAACUAACCUCAAUUUAGAAGGAACAGCUACAGGUGUUGCUGAAAUUCUGCGCGUGGCACGGUUAACCUUUGAUUUGCAUUACGCGGUGACGAGGAAGUCAGUUUGCAAAAGAUCAGAAUCGGGAGAAGAGAAAAUAAAGUUUGAGUUUGCGGAAGAUCAGAAUCAGGAGAUUUUUUUUAAAAGUUCCCAAGCAAGGCAAGCUUCGCGAUGGCCUCUAUUGGUAACGCUGUUUCCAGUCCAAUGGUGAUAUUGGCCCCAAAAACCAAAACCAAAAAGAAACAUUUUGUGCAGCAGAAGGUGAAGGUAUUUCGUGCCAGUGACCCAGUCUUGAGCGUUUUUAUGUGGGGUGUAAACCAUUCGAUAAAUGACCUAAACCAAGUGCCUGUUCCUGUCAUGCUAUUGCCUGAUGACUUCAAAGCCAACACUAAGAUCAAAGUCAACAACCACUUCUUCAACAAAGAGAAUCUACCAGGACAUUUCAAGUUUAAAGAAUACUGUCCUCAGGUGUUCCGGAAUCUUAGGGAGCGCUUCGGAAUUGAGGAUCUCGACUACCAGGUCUCUUUGACACGUAGCCCUCCUGUAAGAGGUGGGGACGCCCAGGGGGAGGGGAUCCUCCUGACCUCCUAUGACCGCACGCUGGUCAUUAAGCAGAUCUCUAGUGAGGACGUGGCAGACAUGCACGGCAUCCUGUCUGAAUACCACCAGCACAUAGUGAAGUGUCACGGAAGCACUCUGCUGCCCCAGUUCCUGGGGAUGUACCGUGUGGGUGUAGAGAAUGAGGAGACCUACCUGAUCGUCAUGAGGAACAUGUUCAGCCACAGACUGGUGGUGCACAGGAAGUACGACCUUAAGGGCUCUCUGGUGUCUCGUGAAGCAAGUGACAAAGAGCGGGUGAAAGAGCUGCCCACCUACAAGGACAUGGACUUCAGAAACAACAUGCAGAAGGUGUAUGUGAACGAGGAGCAGAAGGAGAAGGUCAUGGAGAAACUCAACAGAGAUGUGGAGUUUCUUGUCAAGCUAAAGAUUAUGGACUACAGCCUGCUCCUGGGUAUCCAUGACUUGGGGCGGGCUGAGCGGGAAGAGGAGGAGGGAGAGGAACCCUCUAUUGAGGAGGAUGGGGAGACUGAGAAUGGCCUGAUGCAGGUCCCUAACGCGUGCUCCUACAGCACGUCUCCUGAGGGCAUCGCUGGCUACAUGGCCUCCUGCAAGCCCCUGGGGCCCGGGGAGUUUGACCCCUAUGUGGAUGUGUAUGCCAUAAGGAGUGCCCCUGGAGCCCCUCAGAAGGAGGUGUACUUCAUGGGUCUGAUAGACGUUCUAACACAGUACGACACCAAGAAGAAAGCUGCUCACGCAGCCAAAACUGUCAAGCAUGGGGCUGGUGCUGAAAUCUCCACUGUCCACCCAGAACAGUACGCCAAACGAUUUCGUGAUUUCAUCGCCAACAUCUUUGCAUAGCAGGACAUUAUAACCACCACUGAUACAACCAACCUUUUCCCAUUUAGAUUGGAUGGUUUGUAUUGUUCUUUUACUUUUGUUCUGCGACUUUCUGCCUUGUUUUUCUUCUGAUGUACAUUUAUAUCAUGAAACAUUGACCCAAAAAAUCUAAACACACAGAUCAUGUUAUUUUGAUCUCACACUUUACUGUUUCCAUUGUUGUGAUGUAUUACUGACUGAUACAUAUUUAUUUUUAGAUUGAUAAGAUUAAUGUGAUUCCAUAUUGAUAAGCACUCUUGACUGACUUUGUAGCAAAAGGGUACUUAGGCUAAUAUUGUUGCUUUGUGUCCUCAGAGAGAUGUUGCACUGAAAAGGAUAGAAUAGACUUAAAGGGACAACCUGGGAUUGAUAUAUCGACCACUUUGUUGUUUGUUUGAAUCCCAGAUUGCCCCUAUAACCCAGUCAGUUGAAAUCCUGGGUCGUGUCCAUUAAGCACCAAACAGAAGGAAGCGGCAGGAAACUGGGAGGUGCUGUACUACCAAUGACUAACUACCUGAACUUGUCCAAUAAGAAAUCAUGGUUAUUUACGGGCUACUGAACACAACCUUGGAUUGGUGUGAUGUACUGAAUAUACUAAUAUAACUGGACAUAGGAACAUAUCAUUGUAGUGAACCCUACAGUAAAUAUCAGAGCAAUUUGUCUCUGUCUUCUGGGAUUUGCCAUGAACGUCCCUCAUCAUCUCGCAUUGGAUCAUGUGUAGCAUUAUGCUAUCAUGAGUGGACUUGGAACCAGACCCUGUUGUUGGACUGACAAUGUCCUUUUGAAUACCUUUUGGUGCCUCAAACUGAGUCAUUUUUAAAGGACUUCUCAAGAUCAUUGUUAUGGGGAAUAUAAGUAUAAUCUUUCCAACUCCCUCUCACACAUUGUCAUGCCAAACAUGUUUUCUUGACAAUGACAGCAAUGGACCAAGCUAGAAUAAAAGAUGAUUAGAGGUAGACGAUGGUCUAUGCUUGGUCAGAUUUGACGACAACUAUUAUUAUGACAUUUGAAGAGACUCCACAGAAGAGCUAGCUUGGGUAUUAUGUGUCACUCAUAGAAUAUAGCACUACAUUUCAGCUGCUUUAUGCAAUUUGAUUGCCUUAAAGAUGUGAUGAGUUUUCUAGUAUAGAAGUUGAAUACAUUGACAGGCUAAAUAGUUACAAGUUACAGUAUGAGUAAGUGAAGCCUUGUAACCAUUGUGAUUGCACAUCUUGUAUUUUUGCAAAUCAGCUUUUGGAUCAAAAUAUAUUUUACAAAGAUU